AUGUAUUUCGCUAGUUUUCAAAAUCAUACUUCAGUUAUACAACUAAAUGAACAAAUACGAGUACGAGGUGUUAUUGUUACACUUAUACGAAGUACAAAUCGAUCCAUCUUCCUCACAAUUAAUAUGAUACAUUCUGUUAUUCACUUUUAUCCAACUUCUAAUGGUUCUCUAUAUCCAUUUAUUAUAUUUCAUGAUAAAGGUUUUACUUCAGUUAUGCGUCAACAAAUAUUAUCUUGUGUACUUCGAACUAAUAAACAAAUACAAAUUUCAUUUGCACUUGUUAAUUUUCAAACAUCAGUAAAACCAAAUAAUAAAUCCCGAUUAGAAAAAUCAAUUGGAUAUCGUUU